GACCAAGCCUGUGGUUCAGCGAAGGCGAACUCCUGCAGUCCUGGGCAAGACCUCUGAGACUGUGAGUCACCAGGCCAGGGUCACUAGGUAGAUUUUCCCGUGCCGCGAAGUUCGGCGUGGCGUAAAUCGUCCGACUGACGUAGAGUAGCUACCCGUGGAGUAGCCCCUUGAAAGCUGCACUGGCAGCUAGCUAGCCCAGCUAGGCAUACCAUACAUAGAUCCCGUGCCUGUGCCUGUGGUGGCUUGUCGAGUAGUUCUACAUUCACCCGUUGUGCAACAGCUUCGGACUUGUUCGCUGUCUCUUCUGGACUUGUCCGCUAGCUGCUGUUUUCUGAGAAAGCUCUGCUUCUUCCCAGUUGUAGUCCUGUCUUCUCUUCGCGGCCCUUGUCUCAUCCCUGGAGAAACUUCAGUCUCAUUUUACCUCUUAGUCCAGCCAGUGUUCAACCGGCUGGAGGACGUAACGGGACGGAUGUUGCAGACCAUGAGCCGCCAACGGGAGAUCAGCAUUGACGAAGCUGUUACCCGCCGCCACGUCCUGCAACCCGAGAGUGAGCAAGCCGCUGUAUCUAGUGCGGGGAGUGGUGCCUUUUCCCAAUCCGCAAGCACUCGCAGGACAACAGUGAGUGCUGAUAGCGAUAUGGGUCUCACACGGCAGCCUGUAGCAGAGGGCGGGGACGCACGGCGCAGGCCAGUGCAACUCAACGGCGAUAGUCUUGCACUGAAACCUGAUUCGGGCUUGCCUGAUCAAGCGGAGCACGUUAAAGCCGAGAGGCAGCAGCGUCUUCGCGACCUACUCGAGAUGCCACCGAUGGACGCUUCAAAGUUGUAUCUGAAGUUGGCAUCCACCAAAGCCAGUGCGUUGCGUGGCAGUCAGUCUAUACUGAAUCAUGUCGUGCAGCUGAUGUACUUGCGGGAUGAUAAUGGCACGAGUAUGGCUGCUGCCAGGGCUAAUGCCACAUCAGCAUUGACGGCCAUGGUGCAGAGUACUGCCAGAAACGCCACGGAGAAGAAAAUCUGGGAGUUGCUGCGGCUAGUGUGGUUUCACUGCGAGAUGCUACGCGAGCUGGGCCAAGGUGGACCAAACGUUUCGACAGCGCAGCAUGCCGCAACCAUCAGCACAAUGACGGAACUGAUGACAAUUUCGUUCGAUUCUGAUGCAAAGGAUUCUCUGCGAUCCCUGGGAACACAGCUUUGCAUGACAAGCCUGUUGCGCCUUGACCACGUGUGCUACCCGCAGCAAAGACCCAGGCCAGGGUCGGAGAAUCCAGCCGAAGGACAUUCGGCAUUUAGCCUGCGCAACAGCGUGCGCGUUAAUGCCUGCACCAUCCUGUGCAAUCUGCUAGUCAACACACCGACUGCGAAGGCCGAGCUGGCUCAGACGCAAGGCUUCCUGGCCAUAAUAAAGAAGCAGCUGGCAAGCCCAUUGGAAGAGCUUGUGCGUGUGUCGGCCGUCCUGCUGCAGAACCUGUCGUUCCACGUGGACAACAAGAUCAAGUCAGCCCUAAGUGAUGCUAAUAUUAUACCAGCCAUUGUUGCGGCUGCGUCCGUGGCCCAGAUGAAACCCACGGUGGUUGCAUUGACCAGCGCUCUGUGGAAUAUGUCGGCACACUCCAGCGAUACGUACGAGAGCAACAACAAGACUGCACUCUGCUCAUCAACUGGAGGCUUGGAACUCAUUGUUAACCUGCUCGACAUCAAUUGCGACGAUAAGAACACGCAGAAGAUCCUGGAGAAUACUGUCGGCAUCUUGCAGAACAUCUCCAGUCACGUAGUGCGAAACUUGCCACUACUCGUGCACGUUCGCCGCUUGAAUAUUUACGAGGCAUUGUCGCGGUGCCUACGCCGUCGCGUGGUGGCAUCAAUGCUGCGCUCCGUUGUUGGUGCUCUGUCCAACUUUGCUGCCGGCCAGGCCGAGGACAAGGAGGCGAUCCGUCUGGCUGGAAUCAUACCAUUGCUCGAAGACAUCGUUUCCAACAGCAGCAGCUUCACAGAUCCGAAGAUAAGCGUGUACGCAAAGCAAGCGCUGACAAACAUAAACCUUGCACCGGUACCUACGCAACGACGACAGUCUGCACCAACCGGUAACACUCACAGUCGGUCAGGAUCAUUUGCAGAGCACCGAGCAUCACCACUGACCGGCGAGGCAGUGGAAACGACGUUCAGGCCAUCACCUACAUCAAGCACUGGCGACGUGAAUCACGAUCAUUCCGUCAUGAAUGCUGACCUAGUCCACCGCCCCGUGCCGGGCAGAAUACACCCACGCAGACAGAAUCGCCUUGAGUCCGUUCAGCAAUUCUUCACGCCGUCGCCGGCCAGCAAUUCAAGAGAGGACCUGCAAGCUCCCGCCAAUGUGCGCAGUGCCGUGUCUGCUGACAAUGUGCGGGACCGAGCAGCAGCAGCUGCCAGCAUGCUCCAUUCUGAGGCACAGGACCUUCCACGCAAACCACCGAGAAAGCGUGCAUCUGAUAGCACUGUGCCCUCCGGCCAGGCGCCGUCCAAUCCGUCUCCUUUCUUCAAUUACCAAGCCCCGCAAGGCCUGGCUAGUGCAGCUGCCUCGGCACAGCCAAAAAGAACGGAACAGCGCCCAGCGGAAAAUUGGCACGCCAGGUCGCAAUCCGAUAGCGCAACCACUGGAGCUCACAUACCUUCAAAUCGGCUACGCAACCAUGGCCACCGGCAGCACGCGCAGGAGGGUGAAGAGAAUCCACAUCGGCCCCUUCAUACCCGGCAGUCGUCAACUGGAUCGGCUGCGUCUGGUGGACACCGGCAGCUACUGAGCCCUUCUCCUACAGCGCCAACCAGUUCCCAGGAAAUCAUGCUAUCGCAGCCCAUGAUUCCAGCUGCAGUUCAAGAGGAGCCGGUAUCUCCCAACCAGAGCAUGCUCGGUCCUGUGGAUGAGUCAGCCGUUUCGAUUACCCAUCUGUAGGGCAGAGCUGUGUUUCCAUGCUGCACAACAACUUGUUCUGUCAAUUAUUUGAUGGUGAUCUGCUGAUGUUCGAGUCUGCGGCCUGGAUCAUUCAAUAUAAGUUGCCAACUAAAUAGCAAGAAGAUGAUACCAUCUUGAUCUUGAUAGACAGGGUGCAGUGGUUCGUACUGGUUAGCUAAAUGCAUGCUAGUCUUCUCGCGCUCGCCGAUGCUGUAACAUAGUAACAGUGCCUUGCAGAUGAGUACAAUCAUGUUUGCACAUUAUGUUUGCACAUGUACUUACUUACCUUUUGGACUGGAUUGUUCUUUAUUGUGGUAAGACGGAGUGAGCAUCAGCAAAUAAUAACAUCACUGUUGAGACGAUGUGUAUUUAUUAUCCCAAUGCCGCGCAGUGUUGCUCAUUGCAAUGGGCCAUUUUUUUGUAAGUAUUUGAUGCUAUUGAAUUAGCCAUUUCUAUUCAUAUCAUUUCAAUCUAGAACGGCCUAGAAGCUUCUGGUAUGUUUUAUUCUGAUGAAUAUGUUUUUUUAUCCCAGAUAAUGCCGUGUAAAUAGUAGCCUGGCAAUGCUCUGUAUGUCCAUCAUGAACCAUUCUAACCUUAUUGCAUCAUCAGUGUACCAUCUAACUACUGACUGUCUCAUAACCUGGAACCAAUGCAGCUGUUGUAUAGUUAGUUGAACACCAUAGGACAUAUUUGUAUCCGCUCUGCUUAUCACUGUACUAAGUUCUCCUGUGUGCGUCUUCUUACAAAUACAAUGCUACACUUCACUCUGUAUAUUUUAGACACAUGCUCAUUCUCCCGUCUUUCUGCUACUGCGUGUAGUAUUAAGACGGGGCCUAGGCACAUGAUCCUCUUCUUCUCUAUCGUUUGAAUAGGCUAUUAUUCAUAUCCCUAUCCCAUUG